AUGUCUUUGACGAGUUUAUUCAAAAAAAACCGCACAGAAGAGAGUGUGACGGAUCCCAGCGGCAAGAGCUCAGGCGAUGUCGAGAUGCACGUUAUGGAUGACUCUGCUACUGCUGCGAUGUCUCCUAAGUCGGCGUCUAGCUCAGCAGAUAUCCAGAAGCAGAGCAACGCAGCAGCAGAGGAAGUCCACGGCGAGUGCUCCGAUAUCAGAGGUGUCUUCAGUGUCGUUUUGUCGGCUAUUGGUAUGGGAGUUGUAAUGCUUCCCACUGUGUUCGCAGCUUGUGGCUGGGUUGGUGGUUUUGUAUGCUUAAUUCUUGGUGCUCUAUUUGCUGGUUUCAAUGUGACCAAACUUUAUGAUGGCAUCUCUUUAUGCCCGAAAUCGAAGGGACACGUCUACACUUAUGAAGAUUUGGGAAAGGCGUGCUACGGUCGAAUAGGUCAUUUCAUCACUGCUUUAAUUGUUCAUAUCACAAUGUCUGGUAUUUGUGCAUCACUACUGGUGCUCUUGGGCGAGACACUGCAAAAGUUGGUCCCUUCUGUCGGGCAGAAAGGUUGGGUCGGUAUAUGGGCUGUGAUUUUCGUCCCGUUCACCUUCCUUAAGACGAUGAAUGAAGUCUCUUACGUCGCCACCUGUGGUAUGGUCGCCAUUUUGGUGCUUUUUGGUGUUGUGGCAGUAAACGGCAUCGUGACAGGGGUUACAGCUGACGUUGCUCCGAAGUAUGACAUUUUCGCUCCUGACUUCAUGACGUUCGCCACCAAUUUCGGUGUGUGUAUUCUGUCAUUCAAUGUGACCAAUUCUGUGGCGACCCUAGUGAGAGAUAUGGCUAAACCUACGCAUUUCAAAGGCGUUGCAAUUGCUGCAUAUGGCAUUAUUCUAACAGUUUACAUUGGUAUUGGUAUAUGCGGCUAUUAUGGUUACGGUGAUGAACUUAAGGCACAUCCUAUUAUGGAUUCCAUCGUCCCUCCUGAUCAACCAGUGCAUGGCGUUUGGGGGUAUUUGACCGAAAUCGCUGUCAUUUGUUCAAGUAUUCCGCAUUAUGUGGUGAUGUUAUUGCCCAUUGCUUCUUCCCUUGAGUAUUGGUGUCAUAUAAAGGUUGAAGAUACUACGUGGAAGGCUACAAUCAAGAGGUUCAUUGCUCGACUCUGUUGUAUUGCAUUCACCCUGUUGAUCGCCGAAGUUGUCCCUAACAUUCAGAGUCUGAUUAAUGUAUUAGGCUCGUUCACUAUGGUCAUCAUGGUUGCAAUGAUGCCCUGUAUAUUCUACGUUAGGGUGCAACAAUUCGUUCUUGGUUCAGUGAAGAAGUAUGUCAGGAAGCACGUUAUAGAAACGAUAGUAAUCUGUAUUGUGUUGAUUUGGUGUAUUCCUAUGAUCGUCAUUGGUUCCAUUGGUGCCAUUGAGGACUUCGGCGAAUCUUAA